AGAGAGAGAGAGAGAGAGAGAGAGAGAUGGAGGGAGAGAUCAUCUACCCAUAUUGCAGCUUAGAUAAGGAGAUAAGCAACUUCAUCAAGGUAUGGGUCUCAGUAAGUAUAUCCCGAUUAUACUGCAAAUUCACAAGUAAAAUAAUCCCAAAAGGCCUACCCAGACUCCUCACCUUCUUCCCUGUCGUUUGCCUCUUCUUAUACCUCCCUCUCCAUCUCCACUCCGCUCACCUCGGAGGCAUGACCUCUUUCUUCAUCGCUUGGCUUUCCAAUUUCAAACUCCUCCUGCUCGCCUUCGACAAAGGCCCUCUCUCUGACCCAACUCUCUCUCCCUCCCAAUUCCUCGCCAUCGGUUGUUUCCCCAUCAGAAAAACAGAACCAAAAAACCCACGUCAGGAAUCCAAACAAGGCCACAAACCGGUUUGGAAUUACAUUCUCAAGGGGCUUCUACUGGCCGCCUUCGUGCAAAUUUACCACUACAGUGAGCAUAUCCACCCGAAGUUUAUUUUGGUUAUUUACAGCUUCCAUAUAUACUUCUUGUUGGAGCUGAUGCUAGCCGUGGUCGCAGCCCUGGUUCGAGCCACUCUCGGGCUACAACUCGAGCCGCAGUUCAACGAGCCAUAUCUCUCCACCUCGUUACAAGAUUUCUGGGGGAGUAGAUGGAACAUGAUGGUCCCGCGUGCCCUCCGCCCGACCGUAUACAAUCCUACCCUCAGCGUCUGGACGUGGAUCGUGGGCCGGGAGUCGGCCUCGUUACCAGCCGUGUUAGCCGCGUUCGUGGUGUCGGCCGUGAUGCAUGAGCUUAUGUUCUACUACUUGGGCCGGAAGCGGCCCAAUUGGGAGAUCACGUGGUUUUUCAUUCUCCACGGGGUGUGUUUAGUUGUUGAGAUUGCGACGAAGAAGGCGUUGAAGGGCAGGUAUCGGUUGCCUCCGGUGAUCUCGACGACGUUGACUGUUGGAUUCGUGAUGGUUACCGGCUUUUGGCUGUUUUUUCCUCCGUUUUUAAGGUGCAAACCUGACGCGAGAGCGUUCAAAGAGUACGCGAUUUUAGGAGCGUUCGUGAAGGACGUAGUACUUGGUGGAGCUGUGAAGUUGCGGCAUUUCAAUGGCAGUCUAACAUCACACUAG